AUGGAAGACACUUCUGACUUGCUGAAGCAUGGGAUGCAAGAGUUAUUUGUUGUUCAUAACAGGUCAUCCCAACCAUCAAUUCCUAUAUCUCCCAUGUCUCUUGUGACCGGCAAUGAAGUCUCAUCUUCCUCUUUCACCCCCCGACCCAUGAACUUUGACGUCUUCUUGAGUUUUAGAGGUGAAGAUACCCGCCUUGGUUUUAUAGGCCACUUGUAUAACGCUUUGGUUCGGCGGGGUAUUCGCACCUUCAUCGAUGAUAAUCUCCCAAGAGGAGAACAAAUUUCUGCCCAACUUCUCAAAACCAUAGAGAGUUCAACAAUUUCAAUUGUCGUUUUCUCUGAAAAUUAUGCAUCCUCCGCUUGGUGUUUGGAUGAACUUGCCAAGAUUGUUGAGUGUAAGAAGAAUGAUCAGUUGGUGCGGCCGGUUUUCUACAAUGUGGAUCCAUCAGAAGUUCGUAACCAAAAGGGAAAAUUCGGGGAAGCACUGGCUGAGCAUGGAAAAGUCAAGGAUAACAACAAGGUUCAAAGGUGGAGAGAAGCUCUAACUGAAGCUGGCAAUAUAUCUGGUUGGCAUUACCAGUAUGGGUAUGUAUUCAAUGACCAUUCUUGUGCUGAUUUCUUAGUUUUAAUGGCUUUGUGA